CCUCUAAACCCCUUAAACGAGCAUUAAUUAAUCUUUCAGAGAAGAGAAAGAAGAAGAAGAAGAAAAUAUGGGUCCCUCUUCAGAGAUUUCAGAUGGCUCAACAUUUCCGAUCAAAACUGUUGUUGUGCUGGUCCAAGAAAACCGGUCAUUCGAUCACAUGCUGGGUUGGAUGAAAAGCCUGAACCCCGAAAUCAACGGCGUGACCGGAAACGAGUCCAACCCGCUCCCCACCUCGGGCGGCGCCCAAAGCUCGACGAACGACGUCGUUUUAUUCGGGAACAAGUCGCAGUACGUUGAUCCGGACCCGGGCCACUCGAUCCAAGACAUCUACGAGCAAAUAUUCGGGGCGCCUUGGAGCCAAGACUCGGCCGGCGAGAAACUGGAGGCGAGCAUGCAAGGGUUCGCGGCGAACGCUGAGAGGAAUGAGGAGGGGUUGUCCGGCGCGGUGAUGAACGGGUUCGUGCCGGAGGCGGUGCCGGUUUACAAGGAGCUUGUGAGGGAAUUCGCGGUGUGUGAUCGGUGGUUCGCCUCCGUCCCCGCGUCCACGCAGCCGAAUAGGCUGUUCGUGCACUCCGCCACGUCGCAUGGCGCCACCAGUAAUGACACCAACAAGUUGAUCCAAGGUUUCCCGCAGAAGACAAUCUUUGAGUCCAUGGAUGAAGCUGGAUACUCCUUUGGGAUUUACUAUCAGUAUCCACCCUCCACACUCUUCUACCGGAACCUUAGAAAAUUGAAGUACAUUAAGAACUUCCACCAGUUUGAUAUUCACUUCAAGACUCAUUGUAAGGAGGGUAAGCUGCCCAACUAUGUGGUAGUUGAACAACGUUAUUUUGACUUGAAAAUAUUACCUGGGAACGACGACCACCCCUCCCAUGAUGUGUUUGAGGGCCAAAAAUUCGUUAAAGAAGUUUAUGAAGCGUUGAGAUCCAGUCCUCAAUGGAACGAAAUGUUGUUCCUAAUCGUAUACGAUGAGCAUGGUGGGUUCUACGAUCAUGUGCCCACUCCGGUCACCGGAGUCCCAAAUCCCGAUGGCUUAAUCGGCCCUCAACCUUACAAUUUUCAGUUUGAUCGCCUUGGCGUUAGGGUUCCGGUUAUUAUGGUUUCUCCUUGGAUUGAACGAGGAAAAGUGGUGCAUGGACCUACUUCAGGACCAUUCCCUAACUCAGAAUACGAGCAUUCUUCUAUUCCAGCAACGGUGAAGAAAAUUUUCAAUUUGAACCAGUUUCUUACUGAGCGGGACGCAUGGGCAGGCACAUUUGAGACUGUCAUAACUAGAACUACUCCAAGAACAGAUUGCCCAGAAACAUUGGCACAACCAGUGAAAUUACGGUCGGCCGAAGCGAAAGAAGAUGCAAAUUUGACAGAGUAUCAAAAAGAGAUGGUGCAGAUGGCAGCUGUUCUAUGUGGAGACCACAUGAAAGAAGACUACUAUCCCCAUAAGUUGGUAGAGAAUAUGAGUGUCGCAAAAGCUGCAGAUUACUCUCAUCAGGCCUUCAACAAGUUCUUAAAUGAUUGCGAGAAUGCAAGGCAGCGUGGGAUCCAUGAAGAUCAUUCCAUUGUUGCAUUGUCAAAAGAACCGUCUUCGCCCAAAACCACUCCCAGGAAACCCAAAUCCUUUGCUUCCAAGUUCCUUUCCUGUAUUGCUUGUGGCCGGUAAUUUAUUCAUUAGCUUUGAUAUAAUUCAUGGUUUGUAUGGACAAUACUUUUUUUUUUCCUAUUAUUUGGGUAUAUGAUUUGUAUUAUUUGGCAAAUGUAACUAAAUUAAAAGGAUUCUAUUUUCUCUUUUGAAUUUAUUUUAAUAUAAUGUUUUUGUUAGAAUGGA